CUUUUUUUCCGCCGCGCCACUUCUCAGCCCCUCGCCAACCCAACCCCGUUUGCUGUCUCAGCCCAUCGUGCUGCUCUCUCUUCCUUUGUUCCCCAUCCCAGUUGCUUUAAUUUGCUGUGUGACUCAAGUCGCUAGUUAGUUACAGUCGCGAUGACUCAACCCAACCCGUUCAUUCUGGCCGCCGACAAUCCGUCCGCCGUUUUGACUCUGCUGCAGUCCAACCCGGCCAUCGCAUCAGGCCAGGACGACCAUGGAUACUCCCUCCUCCAUGCCGCGGCUUCCUACGGACACAUUGACCUUCUGCGCGCCCUGGUGAAGGAGUACGGCGUGGACGUCAACCUCCUCGACGAGGACAGUGAAACCUGCCUGUUUGUGACGGAAACCCUGGACAUCGCCAAGUGCCUGGUGGAGGAGCUGGGUGUGGACUACAACCGGAGGAACGACGAGGGCCUGACAGCUUGGGAGAGCAUCGAAAUCGACGACUCCUUCCCCGAGAUUGCCGUUUACCUGCGGCAAGUCGCGGGGGUCGAGCCUGCAGCUCCGGCGGCCCAACCAUCAGCCGGUGACGCAUUGAACCCGGCUCUGCCGCUGCCCCCGAACAUCCAGGUGAACAUGGGCACGGUGUCGGAGCAGGAAGCCAGUGCAGGAAUGGACCAGGUCGACCCGGAGUUCAAGCGGCGCAUCGACGAGCUGGCUGCCCGGCCGGAUUUCCACAGCGAGGCUACACAGAACGAACUGCGACAGUUGGUCAUGGAUGCGCUUUCGGGCUCGAGUAUUGAGACGGAGGACCGGGGCGUGCGGCGCAGAACCGACUAAGAGCCAGGCUUGAGGGUGGUGGCUUUGGCCAUCUACCAGCAAUGGUUUCCGUCUUGCUUGCUUCGCCGUGUCUUAGGUGUGCCGGAAGGCCGUGAGACGUCUCUUGUCGAGUCGAGGUUCAAAGCAUCCAAGGCUCGGACAUAGUCGCUCCGUGCCGUCAAUCUGUAGACGAUGCGGCCUCGGGCAGCAAUGGGAGGUCUGGACCUUCUGUUGUUUUGCAUCGAUCGGACAGCACGCUAUGAGCGAAGGCCCAAUGUUCGCGCCAGACUCAAGACAGGAGGAAUACAGCAGGGGUCAUAGAGACAUUAUACGCAAUGCUAAAGAUUUGAUGACUUCACCUAAUGCGAUUGGAUAGAUUGGAUAUAUUUAGAAUACCUAGGUUGAGAAUAGAUUCCAAUGGACCCUACUUAC